AUGGCCUCAGUCCCUUCCAGCUACAGCACCAGUGCCAUGUCCCGGACAGGCUUGCAUCGCAGGAGGGGCUUGGCAGGGCGCUGGCUGUGGGGAAUCCACCCCCGCCUACUGCUCCCCGUUGUGCCCUUCUCCAGGCUGCUUCUGCUGCUGCUGGCCUCCCUCCUGCCCUCAGCCCAGCCGGCCAGCCCCUUCCCUCGGGAGGAGGAGAUCGUGUUUCCAGAGAAGCUUAACAGCAGCAUCCUGCCUGGCUCGGGCGCCCCUGCCAGGCUGUUGUACCGCUUACCGGCCUUUGGGGAGACGCUGCUACUAGAGUUGGAGCAGGACCCUGGUGUGCAGGUGGAGGGGCUGACAGUGCAGUACCUGGGCCAGACACCUGAGCUACUAGGUGGGGCAGAGCCAGGCACCUACCUGACCGGCACCAUCAAUGGAGAUCCGGAGUCGGUGGCAUCUCUGCACUGGGAUGGGGGAGCCCUGCUAGGGGUCCUGCAGUAUCGAGGGGCCGAACUCCAUCUCCAGCCCCUGGAGGGGGGCACCCCUAACUCUGCAGGGGGACCUGGGGCUCACAUCCUACGCCGGAAGAGUCCUGCCAGCAGCCAGGGUCCCAUGUGCAACGUCAAGGCUCCUGCUGGGAGCCCCAGCCCCAGCCCCCGAAGAGCCAAGCGCUUUGCUUCACUGAGUAGAUUUGUGGAGACCCUGGUGGUGGCAGAUGACAAGAUGGCAGCAUUUCAUGGAGCGGGGCUAAAGCGCUACUUGCUGACAGUUAUGGCAGCAGCAGCCAAGGCCUUCAAGCAUCCAAGCAUCCGCAACCCUGUCAGCUUGGUGGUGACUCGGCUAGUAAUCUUGGGGUCAGGCGAGGAGGGGCCCCAAGUGGGGCCCAGUGCCGCCCAGACCCUGCGCAGCUUCUGUGCCUGGCAGCGGGGCCUCAACACCCCUGAGGACUCGGACCCUGACCACUUUGACACAGCCAUUCUGUUUACCCGUCAGGACCUGUGUGGGGUCUCCACUUGUGACACCCUGGGGAUGGCUGAUGUGGGCACUGUGUGUGACCCAGCUCGAAGCUGCGCCAUUGUGGAGGAUGAUGGGCUCCAAUCAGCCUUCACUGCUGCUCAUGAACUGGGCCACGUCUUCAACAUGCUCCAUGACAACUCCAAGCCAUGUGUCAGUUUGAAUGGGCCUGGGAGCACCUCCCGCCAUGUCAUGGCUCCUGUAAUGGCUCAUGUGGAUCCUGAGGAGCCCUGGUCACCCUGUAGUGCCCGCUUCAUCACUGACUUUCUGGACAAUGGCUAUGGGCACUGUCUCUUAGACAAGCCAGAGGCUCCCCUGCUUCUGCCUGUGACUUUCCCUGGCAAGGACUAUGAUGCUGACCGCCAGUGCCAGCUGACCUUUGGGCCCGACUCACACCAUUGUCCACAGCUGCCACCGCCCUGUGCUGCCCUCUGGUGUUCUGGCCAUCUCAACGGCCAUGCCAUGUGCCAGACCAAGCACUCACCAUGGGCCGAUGGCACGCCCUGCGGACCCACACAGGCCUGCAUGGGUGGCCGCUGCCUCCACGUGGACCAGCUCCAGGACUUCAAUAUUCCACAGGCCGGUGGCUGGGGUCCUUGGGGACCCUGGGGCGACUGCUCUCGGACCUGUGGGGGUGGUGUCCAGUUCUCCUCCCGGGACUGCACCAGGCCCAUCCCCCGAAAUGGCGGCAAGUACUGUGAGGGCCGCCGUACCCGCUUCCGCUCCUGCAACGCCGAGGGUUGCCCGACUGGCUCAGCGCUGACCUUCCGUGAGGAGCAGUGCGCUGCCUACAACCACCGCACUGACCUCUUCAAAAGCUUCCCAGGGCCCAUGGACUGGGUCCCUCGCUAUACAGGUGUGGCCCCCCGAGACCAGUGCAAACUUACCUGCCAGGCCCGGGCACUAGGCUACUACUAUGUGCUGGAACCACGGGUGGUGGAUGGGACCCCCUGUUCCCCAGACAGCUCCUCUGUCUGUGUCCAGGGCCGCUGCAUCCAUGCUGGCUGUGACCGGAUUAUUGGCUCCAAAAAGAAGUUUGACAAGUGCAUGGUGUGUGGUGGUGAUGGUUCUGGCUGCAGCAAGCAGUCAGGCUCCUUCAGAAAAUUCAGAUACGGAUACAACAAUGUGGUCACUAUCCCUGCCGGGGCCACCCACAUUCUUAUCCGGCAACAGGGAGCCCCUGGCGUCCGGAGUAUCUACCUGGCUCUGAAACUCCCAGAUGGCUCCUACGCCCUCAAUGGUGAAUACACACUGAUGCCCUCUCCCACAGACGUGGUCCUGCCUGGGGCAGUCAGCUUGCGCUACAGCGGGGCCACUGCGGCCUCGGAGACACUGUCAGGCCAUGGGCCACUAGCCCAGCCUUUGACGCUGCAAGUUCUGGUGGCUGGCAACCCCCAGAAUGCACGCCUCCGAUACAGCUUCUUCGUGCCCCGGCCAGCCCCGCCAACACCACGCCCCACUCCCCAAGACUGGCUGCACCGCAGAGCACAGAUUCUGGAGAUUCUUAGGCGGCGGCGCCCCUGGGCGGGCAGAAAAUAA